AUGGGCGCGCGGGGCGGGCCGCUGCUGCUGGCGCUGCUGCUGUCGCCGCUGCUGUCGCCGGCGGGACCCGGGCAGCCGGCGCCGCAGGAAGCCGACCCAAUGUCAGGGCCCUGUGGCCUCCGGUCCAUCGCGCCGCUGAUCGUGGGCGGGGAGCCGUCGGUGCGCGGGCGCUGGCCGUGGCAGGCCAGCCUGCGCCUGCGGAAAGCGCACCGAUGCGGAGGGAGCCUGCUCAGCCGGCGCUGGGUGCUCACGGCUGCGCACUGCUUCCGAAGUCACCGUGACCCCUCCGAGUGGAUGGUCCAGUUUGGUGAGCUGGCUUCCAAUCUGGUUUUCUGGAACCUGCGGGCCUACGUCAACCGUUACAGGGUGCGCAAUAUCCUUGUGCACCCCCACUUCAGUAAGGGGUUCAGUGACAUCGCCCUGGUGAGGCUGGCCUCCCCUGUCUCCUACAACAAGUACAUCCAGCCCGUUUGUGUCCUGUCUUCUACCUUCAUGUUCGAGCACCGGCCUGACUGCUGGGUGACCGGCUGGGGAGACAUCAGCGAGAAUUACACACUUCUGCCACCUUCCUACAACCUCCAGGAAGUGCAGCUCACCAUCCUAAACAACACCAGGUGCAACUACCUGUUCAAACAGCCUUUUAGUCGUGGUAUAAUCCCAGAUUCUAUGGUUUGUGCUGGUGCUGAGGAUGGCAGCGUAGAUGCCUGCAAAGGUGACUCAGGUGGACCCUUGGUCUGUGACAAGGAUGGUCUGUGGUAUCAGGUUGGAGUUGUGAGCUGGGGAGUGGGCUGUGGUCGGCCCAAUCGGCCCGGAGUUUACACCAACGUCAGUCAGCACUUCAACUGGAUCCGGAUGCUAAUUUCCUGCAGUUCACCCAAGCCAGGCUCCUGUCAGUGGCUGCUGCUGCUUAUUCUGCUGUGGGCUCCCCAACUCCUGCAGCCGGCCUGA